AAGCUCGCGUCUAUCCGCAUUCUCCGAACACAACCGACAACGAACAGCAUGGCCGGCGCUAUGGUACUGGGCAGGUGUUCACCGCCGUCGUCCGCGGAACCGCAGCACGACGCGAAGCGCAGAGUUCCCGCGGACCGCGCCGGCACCAUAGCGGUUCUCGACAAGUCAGACCUAUUCAGGGUGUCGCACAUCUGUCCAGGUCUGGCGCUGUGCAGCGCUCUAUCCAUCUAUACGGACAAGGAGACCGUAGCGGUACUCAGGCCCACGUGUCUGGUCAAUUGCGCGGACGAGCUUCCGGACACGCCGCUGCCGGACACGGUGCGUAGGUACCACAAGGUACCAGUGACGGAUACCCCGGUCACCGAUCUUAGGCCUCACAUGGACACCGUCGCCGAUCUCAUACACCAGGAAUAUGUUUCUGGAGGUACAACUAUAAUUCAUUGCGCAGCUGGAGUAAGUAGAUCAGCUGCAUUUUGCAUUGCGUAUCUUAUCAAAUAUUGUGGUAUGACCAUGAAUAAUGCAUACCGUCACGUAGCCAAAUGCAGACCAUGUAUAAAUCCUAAUCAUGGAUUCAUCAAUCAGUUAUUAGAAUUCGAAGGAAAAUAUAGAGAAGAAUAGAAGUGAAAACAACACUAACAAUAAACAUUAAUCAUUCCAAGUAUUAAAAUGUAUGUAUAAAAUUUUUCUAAUUCCUGUAUAAAAUUAUAAUUUUUGUUUAAAAUGUAUAAAUUUAUUUAUUUUAUUUUUAUCGAUGUACUUACACUUGUGUCCCUUUAAGUUUUAUUGCAUUAAAAAUGAAUAUAACAUUGAAAUAUAUUGAAGUA